AUGGAAGGAAUGAAUCCCAUUGCAGCCAUUGUCCAGCCAUCCGCCUUGAAGCCUCCAGUCUUCGUGGGAUUGGCGAGCGCUCUAUGUGCACUUAGUGGCGGCAUUAUUGCACUACGACUUUGGACUAAUUUCAACCACAUUCAAAAGCUUCACGUCGACGAUUACUUAUGUGUGCUGGCACUCUUGUUCCUGAUAUGGAAUUCUGUGACUUUCUCCAUGCUGUUUGAUGUGUUGAACUCGAAUCCUAACGAUGUCACGAUUGAACAUCUUACAAGACUGGUUGCGGUCGGAAUCGCUUCAGGCAACAGUGCAGUUUACAGCGCGAAGUUGCCUCUGCUUUUCAUGCUUAUCCGAAUCUUCGGGAUCAAGGAUUGGUUGCGCUGGACGUGCAUAUUUCUCAUCUGUCGUCGGGACUUUGGGCGGCGUGAUAACACUGCUGUAUGCAGCCCGGAUCUUCACGAGCCAACUCCGCCAUUCUUGUUCUCGUGCGUCGGCGCCCUCACGAAUGCGACCAUUGCCCGUGGCUCCAUCUCGCUCGCCGUAGAUGUCAUCGUAUUUGUUGUCCCGAUUCCAGUUAUCGUGGAUCUUAAGAUGCCACUUCGCAGGAAGAUCGGAGUUGCGUUUGUCUUUGCUACGGGUCUCCUUGCCAUUGCAGCCAGCGCAUUGGGUUUGUAUUUUCAGAAAGCGCAGUCCACUCAAUCUUCUACCAACUUCGCCAAUGCUCUGCUUGUCACCGUUAUCGAAAGCGCCGUCGUCCUCAUGGUCAGCUGCACGCCUGCUAUCCAUAUAUUCUGGACCAAGCAUGCAGGCUUCUUGCGCAGGCGCUUUGGACUGCUAACCUCAUCACACACCAAGUCGAAGCUUUCGGAAUCCAAAACCAACCUGGGAGGAAGCAGUACAUCGAACUCGGAUCGCCCCCAGGUCCGCGCACACGAUUACGUUGAACUGCAGGAAGUCGCCGAUAUGGGGAAGUCACCGUACGAUCCUAAGGUAUUGAGUGUCAAGCAAUAUGUGUAA